AUGCAUGUCACGAAUACCGGGCUCAUGGCGUCUUUAGAGACGUCUUGCCCAACAGCUGUUCCAGUGGUUCGGUCGGAGCAAUGCGAUAACCAGGCGAAGAACUCGGUUUUCUCAAACGCCCUUUCAAGUCCAACACGCCGUAGCCUUCAAAACUACCAAAUUCCGCAGGGAGGCUAUAUAUCUGGCGGAACCAGAAGCAAUGAACUGAACAGGGGAUCUAACUCUCCAGGUUCUUUUGAUUCUUCAAUGGACAUGCAUGCAGACUAA